AUGGGAAAAGACAUCGCUGAAAAAUAUGCCGGAAAAUGGAGGCAGGAAUCGGUUGAAAAUCUCAAAGAGUUGAAUAAAAAACUUGGUCUUCCAAAAGUCGCGAGAAAAAUUGCAAAAAACAUGGAAGUAAAGUUUGAAAUUAUCCCCGAAGAGUCUAGCUUAAAAUUUAAAAUGAAGACGAAAAUCAUCACGAAAAAGUCAUCCCUUCCCUAUUCUGGAGAAGUGUUUGAAGAUGAAGGAAUGAAUGGAGAGAAGAUCCAAUCAACUCUGAGCUUCGAUGGAGAAGACAUGAUUAUCGUCGGAAAAGGGAUCAAAGCUGGCGACUCUUUGAAGGAGAUGAAGACAGUUUUCAAGCUGAUCGACGGAAAACUUCAUCUUGAGCAAACAAUCGAUGAUGUGACCGCAACCAGAAUUAUGAAAAGAAAAGAAGAAGUCUCUAAGUAA